UGCCUUCUCGUAUCGAGUGUACCUGCCAGUAAGCUCGGAGCUUCGGUUCUCGAUGCCGUUCUUUACAUUUUUUUCUACUGACUGGCGAGUUGUUUACAUUAUUACUUACAGAUACGGAUAAUCUCCCAGGUGUUUCAGGCCACUAUUUUUCGAGGCUGUUUGUCCGGGCGAAAAGUUAUCAAGGUCAUUUUCGAAUAUUCACAAUAUUUAUGUGGUAAUAUUGCUUGGAAUUAGUGAGCUAGCAAUAAAAACCCGGAAAUGGAAUCCUCGAAACCGCGAUUUCAUUACAAAACAUUCAUCGAUAAAAAAACUAACGGAAGCAGACGAACGAGAUGAUGUGGAAGCGAGUGACAUUGACAACGAUUUGACAUCAAAUAUAUCUGGAUAAAAAGUUCAAAUCUUAUCGAGAAAUGAAGAUCUCGAUGAUACCAAGAUCGCCGGAGACCCCGGACAAAAGGGAGUGUACGUUGGUGUCGUCUAGUGACUCCAAGGGACCCUUAUCGGAAACGAGCACCACCGCGGGUAACAAUAACCUUUACAACACCAGCGACGAUAAGGAUGCUAAGGAGAAGGCCAAGAAAAAGACGCUCUGCGAGGAAACUGUAUAUGAGUUUGAAGAAGAUGGUCUUACGAUGGAACGAGUCGGAAAAUACCUGGAAAGCAACCCCCUGGUAGUGGAAGCCUGGCUGCGGGACAAAGCGUCUAAUGAAUUAAAAGUAAAGCUUUUGAACACGAGUCUCCUAAAGCAGCAAUCAAGCUUGAGUGUCCGGGCGCAGAACUCCCAGGAGAGCCAGCCCAGAAAGAGGAACAGCGUGACUACUGACCUUUUCCAGUCCUGGCUGGCUUCUAAUUCGCCCAUCAAGCGCUCCAAGAGUCCCAACCGAUUGCCGAUGUCAAUGUCCGGAAGACGAGACGAGCUGACCCAGCUAGACGAAGGUGAGCUUUUCAUGGAGCUGAUCCGGGACGUGGCCAACGAGCUGGACAUCAACGUGCUCUGCCACAAGAUCCUCGUCAAUGUCGGGCUGCUAACUCACGCGGACAGGGGCAGCCUGUUCCUGGCCAAGGGCCCGCAGGACGAGCGAUACCUGGUCGCGAAGCUGUUCGACGUGACCCAGGAUACCGAGCUAGAGAAUGCGAUCCAAAAAGCCAACUCAGAGGAGAUCAGGAUCCCUUUUGGGGUUGGGAUCGCUGGGUACGUCGCCCAAACCAAGGAGAUCAUCAACAUCAAGGACGCGUACAGCGACCCCAGGUUCAACAGCAAGAUCGACUUAAGGACCGGAUACAAGACCACGCUGAUCCUGUCGAUGCCUAUCUGCAAUUACGAAGGCGAUGUUAUUGGAGUCGCUCAGAUCAUCAAUAAGACCAAUGGGAGUAAUGAGUUCACCGAUCGCGAUAUUGAGGUCUUUAAGAGAUACUUGACCUUCUGCGGAAUCGGGAUCCAGAACGCUCAGCUGUUUGAACUGUCUGUGCUGGAGUAUAGGAGGAACCAAAUUUUGCUGAACCUCGCCAGGAGCAUCUUCGAGGAACAGAAUAACUUGGAGUGUCUUGUGACUAAAAUUAUGACGGAAGCCAAGGAGUUGCUCAAGUGUGAAAGGUGCUUGGUGUACUUGCUGGAUUUGGAUUGUGGUGAAGCUGGACAUUUGGAGAAAAUUGUAGAGAGGCCGGGGAAGUCUAUUCAAGAGGACCGCAAACCGCUUUCCAGGAGGGAGAGCAACAACAUUGACAUGGAGGACAUUUUGUCUCGGCAAGCGUUGGCGUCAGACGGAAGCUCAAAGUUCACGAUGGUCUUCGAGAUGGAAAAUGGCGUCCAGGAAGCUCGAGUCAGCAGGCCCAGUGUAAGCGAGCUCGCGAGUCCUUUAGGCAGGAUUGCGAGAUACGUCGCAAGCACGGGCCAGAUCCUGAAUAUAGGUGACGCUGCGAUCUGGUUAAGAAAGGGCGUUAUCGACGAGAGCAAAGAGCCUAUCAAAAGCAUCCUGUGCAUGCCGAUCGUCAACGGACAACGGAGUGUCAUCGGCGUAGCUCAGUUGAUAAAUAAGGACAAUGGAAGCUCGUUUACCGACAGCGACGUCUCUAUAUUCGAGGCGUUCGCGAUUUUCUGUGGACUGGGGAUCCACAACACCCAGAUGUACGAAUCGGCGUGCAAGCUGAUGGCCAAACAAAAGGUCGCCCUUGAGUGUCUGAGCUACCACGCAACCGCGAGCAACGAGGACGCCCUUAAGCUCACGACUGAUCCCAUUCCUUCGGCCGAGCAGUUCAACCUUUACAGUUUUACCUUUAUUGACUUUGACCUUAGUGAUGAGGAUACCUGUAGGGCCACCGUUAGGAUGUUCAAGGCCUGCGACCUUAUUCAAAGGUUUCAUAUUCCCUACGAUGUGCUCUGCAGAUGGGUUCUUAGUGUUAAGAAAAAUUAUAGGCCUGUAAAAUACCACAAUUGGCGACACGCAUUAAACGUCGCCCAAACGAUGUUCGCAAUGCUAAAAACGGGAAAAAUGGAGCAAUUCAUGACCGACCUAGAGAUCUUGGGUCUUCUGGUGGCCUGUCUGUGCCACGAUUUGGACCACCGAGGAACAAACAACGCCUUCCAGACAAAAACCGAAUCGCCGUUAGCGAUCCUCUACUCCACGAGCACUAUGGAGCACCACCACUUUGAUCAAUGCGUGAUGAUCCUCAACUCCGACAGCAACAACAUCUUCCAAACCUUGUCAAUGGAGGAUUACCGACGUGUCAUGAAGGUCGUCGAGAGCGCAAUUCUUUCUACAGACUUGGCCGUGUACUUCAAAAAGAAAAAUAAAUUCAUGGAGUUGAUCGACGACGGAGAAUUCGACUGGCAAAGCGAGGAGAAAAAAGAACUACUCUGCGGAAUGAUGAUGACAGCCUGCGACGUGAGCGCGAUAGCCAAGCCCUGGGACGUCCAGCACCGAGUAGCAAAGCUGGUGGCCGAUGAAUUUUUCGACCAGGGUGACUUGGAGAAGCUUCAGCUGAACCAACAGCCAGUCGCGAUGAUGGACCGCGAACGCCGUGACGAACUUCCGCAGAUGCAAGUCGGGUUCAUCGACGUGAUUUGCCUGCCCUUGUACAAGGUCCUCUCAGAGACCUUCCCGUGGAUCAUGCCUCUCUACGAGGGCACCACCGAGAACCGGAAGAACUGGCAGGAUUUGGCAGAGAAAGUCGAGAUGGGGCUCACGUGGAUCGACCGCGACACUAUCGAGGAACCUGUCGAGGAGUUUGUAUCCCAGGAGCCGAAAGACAUCGAAUUUACAGUGACUACACUCAACUGCACGACUGCGACUCCUGGAACUGCCAAGGAGUUCCCCAAGACCGCUCUUGGCAGGUUCGCGUCGCUCCGGAAGGGCGGAAGGUCACUCGGGAAAGGAGUCAGACAUCGACUCAGCAAGUCGCUUUAUACCAGAAAUAAUUCGGAAGAUACUGGCAAGGUCAAGGUUAUGCUUCCUGACCGGAAGAGCAAUAAGAACAAACUUUGCUUGCUCAUUUGACGGCUCACUAACUCUAGUGCUCUUGAAAGUAUACCGGAAUAGUGAGCUUCUUGGACGAUAGAAAUUUUUUAUGGAAAAGAGAGUUGGGUUUUUGAAAUCCGGAGGAAAUUACGCGGAGAUUGAGUACCCGCAUGACUAGGUUCGGUGAUGGUGAAGGUCAUUGGUGUUAACAAUUGGGAAAACUGGUGGUUUAAAAUUGGACUUAUUAAUUACAAUUGAGCUUGUGUUGGGACAAUCAUUGUUAAAAAUGGGAACGAUUGUUGUUAAUAGUUAAAUAAUUGGUAUUAACAAUUUAAAUUGGAACAAUUAUUUACAAUUAUGACAGUGUUGAACAAUUGAAAUGAUUGUUAAUUGAAAUUUUUAUUGUGAACAAUUAAAGCAAUUAAUUUAAAUAAUUGGAGUUAACAAUUGGUGAUUAAAAAGUUAUUACCUACAAUUAAACCAAUAUUGAACAAUUGGGACAAUUAUUGUGAACAAUUGAGAUAAUUGUUGUUAACAGUUAAACAAAUUGGUGUUAAUAAUUGGAAAAUUUAUAAGAAAUUGUCACAAUUAAUAACAAUUAAAUCAAUGAUGAACAAUGGGGAUCAUUGUAAACAAUUGGGCCAAUUAUUGUCUAUUGCUGAGAUAAUUGUUGUAAAUAAUUGGAGUAAUUACUCUACAUUAGAGUAAUAAGGAAAAUUUUCAUUAAUUAGAAUAAUUAUUGUUAACAAUUAGAAGAAUUGUUGUUCAUAAAAACAAUUGGAAUAGGUACAGAAAAUUGGUGUUAUUAAUAACAAUUGAGACUAUUGUAAGUAAUUUGACGAAUUGUUAUCAAUUGGAAUAGUUACUUUUGAUAAUUGGCAAAAUUAUUGUUAACAGUUAAACAAUUGGUGUUAACAAUUGAAAUAGUUAACAAUUUUGACAAUUGUUAUGAUAACUAGGAGUGUAAUUGUUAACAAUUGGGAUAAUUAUUGUCAACAAAUAGAGUAAUUGGUAGUAACAAUCGAAUUACAGGUUAUUCAGAUAAUUGCUGUAAAUUGGGAAGUCAUUCUCAACUAUUGGAAAAAUUGUUGAUUAUAAGAACAAUUGUACAAUAAUUGUUGACAAUUGGGAAAAAUUGUUAUUUAAAACAAAGAGAAAAUCAAACAUCAAGAUAACGGCGAUUAAUUGGGAUAUUUAAUGUUAACAAUAGUAUAGUUGUUCCAAUUGUUAAAAACAAUUGGAUAAAUUGUAAAAAUCGAAAAAAGUCAUGUGGGUAGUCAUUUUGCGCGUCUUUUAAUUGAGAUCAACGUCAUAGCUACUUUUUAAGCAAAAAAAAUUUUAUUAAUUUAUUUUUGGAAAACUAAAAAAAUUUUUUUAGAAAUAAGAAUUUGGAGGCUAUAAAAGUGAGAUUUUGUCUUUUUUGUGAUUUAAUUUAACGAAAUCAAAAUGUCCAGUGUAAAUGAAAUAGAAAAUUAUAAACGAGUCAAUUUAGACUUUUUAUGACCGUGAAAAUUCUUUCACGCUGAAAUAAAUAGAAUAAAUAAAUAAAUAAUUAAACAAUGAAAAGAUUUUUAGUCUUUUGAUAAUAAUUAGACAAAUAACUUAUACUUAAAGUGUAAUAAAUGUAAGUAAUGAUAAAUAGUAAUGCAUGUUAUAAGGUUAAUGAAAUGUAAAUGUUUAGGUUAAGAUAAUAUAUGAAAUAAGGUGAAUUUUAACAAUAAAAAUUUAUGGAAAUAAAGAUUUUUUUUUUUUU